GGGGGUGGGGGCGGGCUGGGCAUGGGGUCCUGGGCACAGCCCUCAGGCAGUGCAUGUGCCCGCGGCCUCUUUGCUUUUCCCCUGCAGUGCCGUCUGACAGAAUGGUGCCAGCCAGGGCCAUGCGCUGCGGGCUUCUGUGACCGGGCCAGGACACAGCCGACACAGGGCUGGCUGCCUGGCACCAGCCCCAUCCCAGCAGGGAGCAGAUGGAGGUCACCCAGCAGUGCUGGCCGCCCCUGUGCCCUCUUAGCCGUGCCGUGCCGCAGGUCCCAGGGGCCGGGUCCCCCCAUUGCCCGCAGUCCCCAGGAGGCCGAGGCAGGAAGAUCCCACAUUGGAGCCAGCCUGGAGCCUGUGUCACAAAGGGCUGCAGCUGCGGGCCUGUGUUCAGUCCCUGGUGCUGCAGGAAACCAGAGAGAGAACCCCGAGCCUGCCGCCAGCCCGCACACUACAGCCUCUGAUUGGCGGGGGCCAGGAGGCCUCUGGGGGACUGGCGCCCCUCGGCGUCCUUGGCUUAUGCAGACGUCACCCUGGAAGCUGGACAUGGUGACGCACGCCUGUCCUCCCCGCACUCACAGGCUGAGGCAGGAGGUCUACACAGCGAGACCUUGUCUCAGAAAACCCGCCCCUGCCUCCUGUGUGGCCUGUGCAGAGCGCCCGGGAGGGGGGCUCCGAGGGGUCACAGCCAUGCACCGACUGGGGGGGGGCACAGGUCCGUGAUCUCCCCAUAAAGCGGGGUUCAUGUGCGUGCAUGGGGUGCUGCGAUGGACCCAGGCAGUGCUGGCCAGUGCUGCACCCACCUCAGAAACAGUUGUAUUGGAAGGGAGGCGCCCUGGCAGCACUGGGGUGGCGGCGGAAGCUGAGGAGGCGGCAGGGCCUCUGUAACCGAGAGGGAAAAUAGGAAGCCUGGUGUGGCGGGGGGAGGCUGAGGCAGGGGGAUCACAAGUGUGAGGCCAGCCCCGGCAGCUCCGGGAGACCCUGUGCUAAGCAGAGGUGGCAUCACAGCACACGGCAGCGUCGGGUCACAGCUGGCUUUGCAGGAAGCUCCGAGCCUGCAAAGCCCUCGUCAGGCCGCAGGUGAUUCCUGCUCGGCUCGUUUGAAACUCGAAGUUCAGAAGGAAAAAGGGAACAGCCCCAAAGCCCUGGUGUGCCAGGCACGCCUGUAGCCCCCACACUGGAAGGCUGAGGCAGGAGGAUGCCAGGGUCCAGCUCAGCCUGGCAGUUGAGAGACAGAGUUUGUGUCAAAGUCAAAAUAGUAACAAGAGCCAGGGCGUGGCCGGUGUGAAGAGCAGGGCUCCCGUCGGCCAGAACAGCCUCGCGGCCCGCCGCUGCCCCGCGUGGCCACGAGGUGGCGCCCGGAGCUGCGCGCCGAGGCCGCUUUUGCUGGGAUGCAGGCUGCAGAGGCCCCCGGCCAAAGCCCGGCUGGGGUGCGUGUGUUUGGGGGCACGGGAUGCCGGCCUCUGUCCUGCGUGUACCCCCAGCCCCAAGUAUGUGGAAUACAAUCCAGGGCCUCUGCACUGAGCUAUUUUGAGACAGCCUCACAAAGUUGCUCAGGCUGGGCUCAGACUUGAGACCCUCCUGCUUCGGCUUCCCCGAGUGCCGGGAUGGCCAGUGUGCCCCACCUCACCUGGCUUCACUUGCUCUUCAGAGCGCCCCCACAUCCGUUAACUGGGGGUCUGCGGGAGCCCUGAGAACUCUCCCCUUGCCGCAGAAGUCAGAUGUGCAGAAAAUCUCAUGUUCAGCGUUGUAGUCUCUGAACAGCAUGCGCAGAUGCGUAAGUCAGAGCCAGGCCCUAUUCCGGGCACCAGGGACUCCGCCAGGUGUGCUGACUGGCGCAUCCCUGGGGGCCCAGCACUCUCCCGAGCUGGGCUGCGUGAGGUGGGGCCUGCCCUGCCCUGCAGUCUGGAGCCUCUGCCAGGGCUCUGCUCUGCUCAGCAUCUGGGUGGCAGAAAGCACGGUCGCUGCCAUCACGUGGCUCAGGUGCAGGGCUUGGCACCCAUAGCCGCCUGGCUUUUGCACUGUCUUGAGAAGGACGCCAGGACCAACCGGAGCUGGCACUGUACACACGCAGUGCAGCGUGGCUGCCAGCUGUCACAGCCAAAGGUCCCCAAGUCACUUGGACCGGGCUGGAUGCCUGCAGGUGCAGGGGUGGCACCUGGAGCUUGGCAAACAAGCCGGGUGGCUGAGGCCAGGGUGACCCGACCCUGUGGACAAUGGAGCCCACCACCUCCCCCAGCGAGUGUACAGCGCCGCCCUUGGGCCUCAGUUUCCCUCCUGGGCUGGGCGCUCCGGGCCAGUGUGGCCGCAUGCUAAAUGGCCCGGCAAGGGCAUCAUCUUUGUGCCCCCGGGAACGUCCCCAGAAAGACACAGUGAGUCACCCCCAAACCCAGCGGCAGUGCAUUAACUUUCAUGUUUUGUUUUCUUGGAGUCCUGGGGAUGGAACCCAAGGCCUUGGCUCCGAGCUCCACUCCUAGCCCUCUUUAGAUGUUGAAACAGGAGAAGGGGCCCAGGCCGGCCUUGAACCUGAGGUGCUCCUGCGUCCGCCUCCCAAGGAGCUGGAAAGAGGCAUGAGCCGUUGCAGUGCACCGAGGGGUGGUUUGGUUUGGAUUUUUAGCCAGGGUCUCGCUACGCAGUUCAGACCCUCCUAUCUCGGCUCCCACCCCAAGUGCUCCCGGGCACCACGCCUGGCCACAGAUCCUUUAAUUAAAGGUUCCUGGCUUAAUGCUAAGCUUCAGUACACUGGGUUGCUUAUUAUUAUUAUUAAACACUCAGGUUUUCUUCUCAUAGCUUUACAGCUUUUCCUGGGUGGGUGUUGGGAGAGGAAAUCUGCCUGGAAUUCAUCUUGGUUUUAGCCACCCUUAAAAUCUGUCUGGCUGGGCACACGCCUGUCAUCUCAGCACUUGGGAGGCUGAGGCAGGAGGGUCGCUGCAACUUGGAGGCCAGCCUGGGGUACAUAAGGAGCUGCCCCACACACUGCAACCUCAAAUCCGCCUUCCAAAGGACCCACCCACAGGGAAUCAAACAGAAACCGAACGAGAAAGGGAGAGAGACAGAGGUAAAGGGAGGACCACAGACAUGGCCGAGGCCACGCCAGCAUCCACACCCUGAACUGGUCUGUCCAGUCCGCGGGGGGUGGGGCAGCAGGGACAGCUCUCGGGGUGCUGGGAUCCCUCCUAAGAGGGAUGGGAGAGCCCAUUGAAACGGGGUGCCCACAGCCUUGCCGUCCCCGGGUCCGCGGAGCUGUGCAGCUGGUGACCUGGGCCUGAUACUGAACUACUCAUCCCCUGAAGCCCGGCCCCAAUGCCCACCACUUUGGAAAAACAUGUCCACCUCCUGAGCUUUCCCCAACCCAAACCCCACAGGGAUGUCCCUCUGCGGAGCGCUGGCCACACGGGCCAGGGAAGUCCCUGCGGCUGCGUCCUCUGGAGGGCGGAUUUGAGGUUGCGGGUGUGCAGGGGCUGCAGGCACUGUGUCGAAGGGAGGCUAGGUAGGUGCUAGCCAGUGCCUCAAAAACGAGGCGCAUGUGAGUCAGGGCCUUCGUCCUCUCCGCCCACCUGCCUCCUGACGCAGCUCCCGUGCCGCCCACGGCCCAGCAGAGGUCUUCACCGCCCCCCCGUCCUCCAGGGCGCUGCAUCAGCUCACCGUGCUCCGUGCUGCCCCAGGGCCUUUGCACGGCUGUGGCUGUGCCCUCCUUGGCCUGCAGCGUCCUUGGUCUCUGACUCCGCAGGGUGGCAGCUCGCACCUCCACCUCUGUCUCGCUGCUCGCCUCUCCUCGGCCGCUGCCCUUGUUCUGGGACACAGGCCGUCACGGGGUGGGUCAGAGAGCCUCCCGCCUCAGCCUCCCAAGCCCACGCUUCUCCCUGGGGAACUGCAGCUCGGGACUUCCGGGCCAGGCCGGGGCGUGGCGGCGGAGCCGAGCCAGCGCCGCCAGGUGACCCCGCCCGCCUCGCCCGCCCCGCCCCGCCCGUGCCCGCGCUGCCGCCGGCCGCCGGGUGGCCAUGGAGGGGCUGCGCUGGGGGCUGUGGCGCUGGAAGCGCUUCCACAUCAAGGUGCACCUGGCGGACGAGGCGCUGCUGCUGCCGCUGACCGUGCGGCCCGGGGACACCCUGAGCGACGUGCGCGCGCAGCUCGUGGGCCGCGGCGUGGGCUCGUGGCGCCGCACCUUCUACUACAACGCGCGCGCGCUGCGCGACUCCCAGACGGUGCGCGAGGCGCGGCUGCAGGACGGCGCGGUGCUGCUGCUGCUGCGGGACCCCAGGUAGUUCUGGCUGCCGUGGGACAUCAGGUGCCGGUUCUGGGAGGAGGCCGGCUCAGGAACACGUUCGGGGGCGUCUCCUCAGCUCCCAGGAGCCCCGAACCCCCUCCAAGUUCUGGGCUCCCGGGAGGACUGAGACACCGGCCAGCCCACCGAGCGUCCACUGCCUCGGUCACUCGCAACCCGGACCCAGGACGCAGCUGCCUGCGCCCUGCCCACCGAGGAGGAGCCAGGAGCAGGCGGGCUGGGCCCUGUGGCCUGGAGACUGUGCGAGCCACCGUGUGUCCUCCAGGGAGAGGACAGGAGCUGGGCCCUGGCCCUCCGGGUCUGUCCCUUCUGCCAGCCGCACCUCUGCUCCGUGCCAGGAUUCCACCUCCUCCAGGAAGCCCUGAGAGAUUUCUGCUGGGCCAGGAGCAGCCCGCCCUGUGGGACCCCCAGAUGACAGAAAUGAGGAUCCCUCCUCCCUGCUCUCUGUGUGCGCUGCCUCGGUGGGGUCCCUCUGGUCCUGAGAUCCCGCAGCCUUGGGCCCUGCGUGGGUUUCGGGGAGCAGGACCAGCAAGGGCGAAGCAUGACGUGGCAUUCAGGAUGGAAACCCAUCCUCGGGCGGCGUCUGCCACUUGGUGCAGACCCGGGGUUGGGGACGAGUGGGGGGCCAGUGUGCACGGUCCAAGGCUCCGGAGUCUGGAAGGAAUCACGUUUUCAGGAACAGAUGCCACAGACCCCAGCUCGGGGACAGGUGGAGAAUAAAUGGUGGCCAGCGGGAGCGCUGCGCUCGGAC